AUGUACGUUUUGGGCAUCUCAGAUUGCGACUUCAAAGAUAACGAGACGCGAUGUGCGAUGGAGGCGCUUGGCUCCGAGAUGCAGCCCCUUGAGUCGCCGGCAGCUCUUAGCUCCAUGAAUGUCAACUGUUGGGUGAUAUCGUUCGGGUCCCCUAUUUCCAGGUUUUCUGCCAAGGUGGUCCGGCAUUCAUUGACCGCGACGAACCGAUAUGAGCGAACGAUAGCGGAGGAGACGGCGAGGUGGAGUAAAAGUUUUCGUGAUGCAAUGAAGGCUGAAGUGCAGCCAGAUGGAGCUGUUGGUAAGCGGUUCCCCACCCAGGAUCCUGUAAUGCGUGCCAUGGCGCUUUCAGAUGUCGAUGGGCGUUCUGCACGAAUUGCGAAAAGGGCCAGUGAGGUUUUGCAUCGUUCGAUACCCAUGUCGCACUCCCUGGGCCAGGGCGAAGAAGUCCCCGAAGGCCGAAGGUUGACGAUGCCUAUCCAGAGCGAUUGUGACAGAGAUGAGGAGCCACAGGAGGGAUUUGGCUGGACCUACGGUGGUGGCGUGCGUGGGCUAUAA